GGGAGGAGGGGGGAGAGCAGCCGACACAAAGGGAGAGAGAGAGAGGGAUAGAGGCGGGAGAGAGACAUUCACAAUGCAUGAGACACCAGAGAGGAGGGAGUCCUAGCAGCAGCUGCAGCCUUGACAAGGUUUCUGGAUGCAGCCUCACAUCUUAAUACGUUCCUGCUCCGGGAGUCAGCUGACGGAGGUGAGGAGGUCCAGCAGCAGCAGAAAGGGGGCCGGCCUUCCUCCUCCUCCUCCUCCUCCUCCUCCUCCUCCUCCUCCUCCUCCUCCUUCUCCUCCUCCUCCUCGCCUGGAAGGACUUUCGCAAUGCUGACUUCGCCUGGCGGACUUUGUGCUUAGGCUGCAGCGUUCGGGACUCAUUCGCUCUGAGCUCAGCAGCAUGCAGGGCGUCCCGGAGGAGUGGACGGAGGAGGAUGGGGGGACGGGGGAGAGGAGCAGGGGGACGGGGACGGGGACGGGGAAGGGUGAGGAGACCCUGAUGAUGGAGCUGACCAGGCUGGUGCAGAAGACGGUGAAGGAGAGCAGCUGGUGGGAGAGGAGGGGAAUCGACUGCAGCAUCCUGGCAGCAGCGUUCAUCAGCCUGCCGCCUGCCUUCUUGUUACUUGGCUCCUCCCACUUUCUGUGGUUUUCAGCAGGCGUGCUGCUGAUGGGCGUGGCUCACGGCAUCAUCACCAUCAAAGGGACUCACCUGGCCAGCCACGGGGCGCUGAGCGAGUCUCAGGCCUGGGCCAAGUUCUGGGCCGUCUUUUUCAUUGAGAUCUGCGGCUCGUUCUCGGCUCCGGCUGGCGUUAAGGGUCACAUCAAGAUGCACCACGCUCACACCAACGUCAUCGGCCUGGGCGACUCCAGCGUCUGGAAGGUGCCUUUCCUGUCUCGGUCCAUCUACCUGUUCAUCGCCCCGCUGGCCGUCCCCGUCAUCACCCCGCUAGUCGCCCUCGCUCACCUCAGGGGUCACUCGGCGGUGCUGGUGUUCAGGACUGUUGCCAUGGUAACGCUGGGCCUGUAUUCCCAGUACUGGCUGCUGAUCAACGUCUCCGGCUUCACGUCGCCGCUCAGCGCUCUGCUCUGCAUGCUGGUCUGCAGGGCCAUGUUCUCCGUUCCGUACAUCCACGUCAACAUCUUCCAGCACAUCGGUCUGCCGAUGUUUUCUCCGACUCGCCGUCCAAAGAGGAUUUACCAGAUGACCCACGGAGUCCUGAACCUUCCUCGUAACCCGCUGCUGGACUGGAUGUUCGGACACUCGCUGAUCAACUGCCACGUGGAGCAUCACCUCUUCCCCUUCCUGUCCGACAACAUGUGUCUGAAGGUGAAGCCCGUCGUGUCCAAGUACCUGACGGAGAAGCAGCUUCCCUACCAGGAGGACGGCUACCUGUCCAGGCUGCAGCUCUUCUUCAACAGGUACCAGGAGCUGAUGGUGUUCGCGCCGCCCAUCACCGAGCUGGUCGGGGUCCAGUGACCAAGGAGGAGGAAGAACAAACCGUUCGGACUCUCAAGCAGGAACGUUUCAGCCUCCGGAGUUCAGGUUUGAGCCUCGGACACACAGAACAGACUCUGAAUCAAUGAAUUAAUGAAUAUCCUGCACUUCUAGAGACGAUUUAACACAAAGAUAAACCAACCGCUGAGCUGAUUGUGAUCACUGGGAGCACUUGAACUGACCCAGGGUCUGUCUCAUGAAGCAAAUACAGCCCAGUUUAUUGAAGCUCCUCACUGCUGAUUUAAUAUUUACCUGCAACAAGGAAAGAUUCAGAGUUUAAUAAGAUGCUGAUUCUUGCUGGGAAUCUCAUUUUUUGCAGCGUUAAAAUGCAGCAACCUUAUAAAACAAAACAAAAAACAAAACACACAUGCAGUAUAAACUCUAUACAGAAAUAACUACCAAUAUUAUACUGUUAAAAUGGUGUAUAUGCAGGUAUUUUAUAGGCUCAAAUACAUGAUUUUAAUAUGUUAAGUUGCUGGAUUAGUUGUGGUUAAUUUAAGGAAAACUGUUUUAAUGAAAAAUAACUAUAGCAUUCUAUUUUUUCUUAUUUUACUCUGUUGUUUUCAUGUUUAUUUAACCUAGUAAGUGACUAAUUUGCAAAAAAAAAUAACCAAAAAAAAAUGAUAAGAAGCACUACAAAAAAUCUAUAAAAAGGUGAAUCUCUACUAGUUUUGUUGAAAGUCAUUAUUUAAAAAUUAGAAAAACUCAUACUCAGGAGUUCUAAAGUGCUCUGAUAAUAACAACUCAGUUUAAAUGAAAAGAACUGACCAAGCCAGCUUAAAUUAAUAGGAAAACUGUAGUUGAUGUCACUUAAAUUCAGCAAUUUUCACAGUGAAAUUCAGCAGAAAAACAUAAAAAAACAUGUUAAGUUAAAAUGAUGCUUGAUGAUCCACAAAGUGAAAAUAGAGGAUAUAAUAUAAUACAAUAUAUACAAAAAGCACAAUAAUCAGUGGUAAUAAUGCUGCUUCAUGAGGCAGAUCCCUGUUUUCCUGCACUGACAGACACUCAACUAGUUUUUGUUUUCAUCAAUGCAAUAUCCUGAGCAACAUCUGUAGCUACAAGACUAAAGGACAUGAAUGUGUUUUAGUGUUUGUUUUCUUUCUGAGAAUAAAUUUUAACAUGAAUUUAAUGAUUUAAA